UUUUAAGAACUUCGCUACCACAUAGAAAUCAUAUUAUAUCAAUGAGUGCUUGAAAUACACGUAAAAAUAUGGAACAGCUGAUUCCAAUAAUUAACAAGUUACAAGAUGUUUUCAACACGGUCGGCUCUGAAGCAAUUCAAUUACCACAAAUUGUUGUGGUUGGUUCCCAGAGUAGUGGAAAAAGUUCAGUAUUAGAAAACAUUGUGGGGCGUGACUUUUUACCAAGAGGAUCUGGUAUAGUUACACGUAGACCUCUAAUUUUACAACUUAUCCAUGCACCAGUAUCAAAAAUUGAUAUUCAAGAUGAUAAUGGUGAAAAACCUGAAGAUUUUUAUGAUUUAGAAGAAGAAAAUAUUGUCAAAGAUUCUGAAGAUGAUCUCGAGGAGGAAACUGAGUUUGAUGUAAAUGAACCGAAGGAGAAGAUUGUUCAGGAGUUAGAAGAGCCACAUGAAUGGGGCAAGUUUUUGCAUACUCGAGAAAAGAAAUAUUACAACUUCAACACAAUUCGUCAGGAAAUAAUGAAUGAAACCGAACGAAUAGCUGGUGGUAAUAAAGGUAUAAGCGACCAACCAAUUAAUCUGAAGAUAUACUCGCCAAAUGUUGUUAACCUUACACUUGUGGAUUUACCUGGAAUGACAAAGGUGCCAGUUGGUGAUCAGCCACUAGAUAUUGAAGUCCAAAUACGAACACUUAUACUUAAAUACAUACAAAAUCCCAAUGCACUUAUUCUUGCUGUUACAGCUGCUAAUACUGAUCUUGCUACAUCCGAAGCUAUCAAGAUAGCAAAAGAGGUUGACCCUGAUGGUAACAGAACCCUAGCUGUUGUAACAAAAUUGGAUUUGAUGGAUCAUGGUACUGAUGCUAUUGAUAUUUUGCAUGGAAGAGUUAUUCCUGUGAAACUUGGUAUCAUCGGUACUGUCAACCGAAGUCAAUUAGAUAUCAAUAACAAGAAAAGUAUAAAAGAUGCAUUAAAUGAUGAGGCAGCAUACUUUCAGAAACAUUACCCAAUGCUGGCUAGUCGAAAUGGAACAAAAUAUUUGACAAGAACAUUAAAUAAGCUUCUCUUGUAUCAUAUUCGAAACUGCCUUCCUGAUCUCAAAGCUCGCGUAAAUGUCAUGGUAUCACAGUAUCAACAGUUACUUAAUUCUUACGGUGAACCUGUCAUAGACAAGAGUUCGACUCUGUUGCAACUCAUCACAAAAUUCACUUCGACAUAUUGUGAAACUAUUGAAGGGACGUCUAGAAAUAUUGCUACCACUGAGCUGUGCGGAGGAGCAAGAAUUUGUUACAUUUUUCAUGAAAUAUUUGGUAAAACCUUACAAAACUUUGAUGCAUUGAGUGGGCUGACAACAAAAGAUAUAUUAACAGCAAUACGUAAUGCUACGGGUCCCAGGCCUGCGUUGUUCGUUCCUGAGAUCUCCUUCGAACUACUUGUGAAACGUCAAAUUCAAAAAUUGGAGGAACCAAGUUUGCGCUGUGUUGAAAUGGUGCAUGAAGAAAUGCAACGAAUCAUUCAACACAGCCUUCAACAGAUUAUGGAAAUUCGACGCUUUCCGAAACUGCAAGAUCAAAUAGUGGAUGUGGUGGGAACUUUACUGCAAGCUAGAUUGCAACCAACUAACCAAAUGGUUGAAAAUCUUGUACACAUCGAGUUAUCAUACAUAAAUACAAAUCACCCAGAUUUUAGUGAUGGAGCGUCUGUGGUUUCUUCCAUGCUUGCUGCAAACGAUAUGAGAAGAAGAAAAGAAAAAGCUGCUCUUGCACAGCUUCAAAAAGAAGAGGGUGCAUCCAGUCGUAGCCCUCCUGUUGAACCCAGUGAACCUGUAGUGGAAACACAUCAAAAUCGAUCCAUGAUGUCAUGGAUGUUGCGACCCAACAGAAAUGACGCCCCUGUUAUGGAAGCUACUCAUGAGUUAAAGCUUGUAGAUCUGAAUCAACCACGGAAUCGCGAACUUACAGAUAGAGAACAGUUAGACUCGGAGUUAAUACAGCGACUUAUUAGGUCAUACUUCAAUAUUAUUAGGAAGAAUAUCCAAGACAGUGUUCCAAAGGCCGUUAUGUGUUUCUUAGUAAACUAUGUUAAAACAAAAAUACAAAGUGAUCUAGUGGAACAAUUAUACAAGAAUGAGCUACUGAAUAAUUUGUUGAGUGAAUCCGAGCAAGUACAUCUAAGAAGAAAGGAAGCAUCAGAAAUGCUACAGGCGCUGCAACGAGCUGCACACAUUAUUGCAGAGAUCCGUGAUUCACAUGUGUUAUGAUCACGUGGAAGAUUUUGGAAACGACCGAAGUUGAAUAAAAAGUGACUGAAUGGAUGUUUACUCCGAUUAAAUGAAUAGAUAGAAGUAUAUAAAAUAUAGCACUGACAAAACUGUUUUGUUUCAUGAUAUAUACCUCUUUUCACUUUACAGAUUUGUUAGAGUUUGGAAUAUUUUAGUUUCCAGUGUCAAAACAGACGUGUAUUAAAUCAAAAUUGUGGCGCUUUCGGUUUCGUUUUCUUCAGAACGUUAUUGCUACAAAAUAUAGAAUUGAUAAAACUUAAGUAUGUAAAAGUUUAUUGUAGUAUGAAUAAAAGACUAUUUUAUACGUAGUAAAUACAAAAUUGUCAUGUUUAUUUAUUAAAAAAAUUUUUUUUUAA